GCGUUAGAUGAUCUGUAAAGCGAAAAGCUGGUAACUGUAUUUGUGUACGGACUGAUGGAGGAAUCGCUAACUGAUAGUAGAUUAACAUAAUCCGGAAAGUCCCCGCGUCACCAUUCUUCGCACUAACAUGAGCUUUUGAGGGCAUGUAUAUGUGCCCGUGAGUUGUCCGUGAGAUAAUAGUCAACGACAAUCGCCGCUAGUCCUGCGUUUGAAACCAAUGGUGAUGAACGACUGUCCGCGAAUAUCCCAGGGUUCUAUUCCAAGCAAAAUGGUGGUGAUGAGAGUUCAUUGGUACCGCCGUUGGUAUAUUCUGCUAGCUACCAUCGUUUUGCUUUACUCGAUCGAGUCUGGUGUGGCUCAACGGUGCGGCCAGGUGCAAGUGCUGAAGCGAAGUCUCAUCUUUGGUGGUGCUACAUCAUCGCCAGGAAUGUGGCCUUGGCAUGUAGCGAUUUUUCAUCGUGAAUCUCGGCGAAGUAUCUCCUACAAGUGUGGUGGCACUAUCAUCAAUAAGGAAACGGUGCUGACGGCUCAUCAUUGCGUGGUAGAGAAUCAACGACUGAUCGCCGCGAAUCGAUUGAUCGUACGUGCCGGUGUGUUUGAUCUGGACAUCGUUAGCAACACAAUCCAAGAAGGGCGAGUGUUUGACAUCAUCUCACCGGAAGGCGCAAGUGCUCUUGAUUUCACGGAUGAUAUCGCCAUCCUGCACAUGCAGAACCAGUUCAUUUACGGUGAUUAUGUGCAGCCUGUAUGCAUUCGCUCCAUCGACCAAGACAUUAGCCAGUUAGUCGGAACGUUCGGAACGGUCGUUGGAUGGGGUCGGACGGAACAGGACGCAAUAUCGGAUGGAUUGCGUGAGGCAUACAUACCGGUGGUCAGUGCUGACGAUUGUCUGCGCAGCAAUCGGGAUCUAUUUAGCCAGGUGCUCACUACGAAGGUGUAUUGCGCUGGUAGUCGGAAUGGUACGUCGAGCUGCAAUGGCGAUAGCGGUGGUGGUAUGUUCUUCAAAAUGAAUGGUUUCUGGUAUCUGCGGGGUGUGACCUCGUUCUCAGAGAUGGAUCCAAAUAAAAUGGGCAUCUGUGACGUGAGCAGCUACCUAGGCUACACGGAUGUGGCCAAAUACCUGGACUGGUUGCGUAAGAAUGAUGUGCAAUUCAUAGAUCCUGUGAAACCAAAUUCGUUUUCUUUGUACGGUGUGAUUACACCCGCGAAUCCAGUGAAACCAAAUUCGUUUUCUUCCUACAGUGUGAUUACACCCGGGAAACCAGUGAACCCAAAUUCGUUUUCUUCCUACAGUGUGAUUACACCUGGGAAUACAGUGAAACCAAAUUCGUUUUCUUCCCGCAUUGUAAGCAUACCUGGGAAUAGUUAG